AAAGGCGGAGCGCGAAACCGGGAGAGUGCCGCACGUGACGUCAGAGCCACGCACAACCGGGAAACGCGAGGCAGAGCAACCAUGACGAAAUUAGCUCAGUGGCUUUGGGCACUGGCUGUCCUGGGCUCCGCCUGGGCAGCUCUGACCACUGGGGCCCUAGGCUUGGAGCUGCCUUCAUCCUGCCGGGAGGUCCUGUGGCCACUGCCUGCCUAUUUGUUGGUGUCUGCUGGCUGCUAUGCACUGGGCACUGUGGGCUAUCGUGUGGCAACUUUUCACGACUGCGAGGAUGCCGCCCGGGAGCUGCAGAGCCAGAUCCAAGAGGCCAGAGCCGACUUAUCCCGCAGGGGGAUGCGCUUCUGACACCCUGACCCCAUUCCCGCUGGACCGCCCCUCCCUCCCAUACCCCAUUAAACAGUAGCAAGUUUACUAA